GAGGGGCUGCAGACCCCGGCUCCCGCUAGCGCCGCAGCUGGCUUGGCUCUUCCAUGUGGCUCCAGCGGGGAUGGAGGACUCGGUGGCGGCGGCGGCGGCUGCUGCUGCGGCGGCGACGGAGGAGCGACUCUGAGGAGGGAACGGGGCCAGACCCAGCCCGACAGCGGGAAUAGAGCCCUCCAGAAUAGGAGUCUUAUAGCCCCUGAGGUGGAAUGGUGAUGGCUGCUUGAGGGAAUCUCCUCUCAUUCAUCCUGUCAUGUAUAUCAUGCUGUUGGUGAUUGGGCCAUUCAUCUAAGAUGGGAUUUACCCUGUGAAACAGGGAGAAGACUUAUGGACCCCAAACAUUUCAAGUUGUAAUUGAGUUUUUCAAAGUACAGACACACAUGCAAAGCUCUUUUGCUUUGGACCCUCUGCUUUAUUGAAGCUGCUGUGUUGCUAACCCAGAACUGUUCCAGUCUAUUGACCCAUCAUCAUGGCUUCAGUUUGGAAGAGACUGCAGCGUGUUGGAAAACAUGCAUCCAAGUUCCAGUUUGUGGCCUCCUACCAGGAGCUGAUGGUUGAGUGUACAAAGAAAUGGCAACCAGAUAAACUGGUGGUAGUUUGGACAAGAAGAAGUAGAAGGAAGUCUUCUAAGGCUCAUAGCUGGCAACCUGGAAUAAAGAAUCCAUACCGUGGUGUUGUUGUAUGGCCUGUUCCUGAAAACAUUGAAAUCACUGUAACACUUUUUAAGGAUCCUCAUGCAGAGGAAUUUGAAGACAAAGAGUGGACAUUUGUCAUAGAAAAUGAAUCCCCUUCUGGUCGAAGGAAAGCUCUUGCUACUAGCAGCAUCAAUAUGAAACAGUAUGCAAGCCCUAUGCCAACUCAGACAGAUGUCAAGUUAAAAUUCAAGCCAUUGUCUAAAAAAGUUGUAUCUGCCACUCUCCAGUUUUCAUUAUCUUGCAUUUUCCUUCGGGAAGGAAAAGCCACUGAUGAAGACAUGCAAAGUUUGGCUAGUUUGAUGAGUAUGAAGCAAGCUGACAUUGGCAAUUUGGAUGACUUUGAAGAAGAUAAUGAAGAUGAUGAUGAGAACCGAGUGAACCAAGAAGAAAAGGCAGCAAAAAUUACAGAAAUUGUAAACCAGUUGAAUGCUCUGAGCAGCUUAGAUGAAGAUCAAGAUGACUGCAUAAAGCAAGCAAAUAUGCCUUCAGCUAAAUCAGCCAGUUCCUCUGAAGAGCUUAUCAACAAACUUAACUUUUUGGAUGAAGCAGAAAAGGACCUGGUGACUGUGAAUUCAAAUCCAUUUGAUGAUCCCGAUGUAGUAGAUUUAAAUCCAUUUGGAGAUCCUAACUCAGAAGACCCAGUUACUGAAACAGCUUCACCUAAAAAAACAGAAGAAUCUUUUCAUAAUAACAGUUAUAAUCCCUUUAAAGAUGUACAGACUCCACAAUAUUUGAACCCAUUUGAUGAGCCAGAAACUUUUGUAACUAUAAAGGAUUCUCCUCCCUCGUCUACAAAACGAAAAAAUAUAAGACCUGUGGACAUGAGCAAGUACCUCUAUGCUGAUAGUUCUAAAACUGAAGAAGAAUUGGAUGAAUCAAAUCCUUUUUAUGAGCCUAAACCAACUUCUCCAAAUAAUUUGGUAAAUCCAUUUCAAGAACUGGAAACUGAAAGAAGAGUGAAACGAAGGGCCCCACCUCCACCAGUUCUCUCACCAAAGACAGGAGGAGUAAAUGAAAACACAGUUGUUUCUGCAGGAAGAGAUCUCUCUACUUCUCCUAAGGUGUUUGGGUUUGAACCCAGGACCUCGAAUGUACUAAAUACACACUCUGUCACUGAGCCAAGUCCUAUACCAAGUCCUAUUUUGGGGCGAAAGCCAAAUGCUAGUCAGUCAUUGCUUGUAUGGUGCAAAGAAGUUACGAAAAACUACCGAGGAGUGAAAAUCACCAAUUUUACUACAUCAUGGAGAAAUGGUUUAUCUUUUUGUGCUAUAUUACACCACUUUAGACCAGACUUAAUUGACUACAAGUCUCUGAAUCCUCAAGAUAUUAAAGAGAACAACAAAAAGGCUUAUGAUGGAUUUGCCAGCAUAGGAAUUUCCCGGUUAUUGGAACCUUCUGAUAUGGUUUUAUUAGCAAUUCCUGACAAACUGACUGUUAUGACUUAUCUUUAUCAAAUAAGGGCACAUUUCAGUGGCCAAGAAUUAAAUGUUGUUCAGAUAGAGGAAAACAGCAGUAAAAGCACAUAUAAAGUUGGAAACUAUGAAACAGAUACAAACAGUUCUAUUGAUCAAGAAAAAUUCUAUGCAGAGCUGAGUGAUCUGAAGCGGGAGCCUGAUCUUCGACAUCCUACCAGUGGAGCAGUAGACUUCUUAUCACAGGAUGACUCUGUAUUUGUAAAUGAUAGUGGGGUUGGAGAAUCAGAAAGUGAGCAUCAGACUCCUGAUGAUCACCUUAGUCCAAGCACAGUCUCCCCUUACUGUCGCCGGACUAAAAGUGACACAGAACCCCAAAAGUCCCAGCAGAGCUCUGGAAGGACUUCAGGAUCUGAUGACCCUGGAAUAUGUUCCAAUACAGAUCCAACCCAAGCACAGGUUUUGUUAGGCAAGAAGAGACUAUUAAAAGCUGAGACUUUAGAAUUAACUGACUUAUAUGUUGGUGAUAAAAAGAAGGAUGUGACUCCACCCUUUAUUUGUGAUGAGAUAGACCAGCAAAAACUUCAGACUCAAGACAUCAGUAGUAACAUGGAGCAAGAAAAAUUAGAGAAUUCUAAAAACUUAGAAUGCAGAACAGAUGCUGAAUCACCUAUCAAAAAACCAAGUUUAUCUCCUACUUCCAAACUUGGAUACUCAUACAACAGAGAUGCAGACCUUGCAAAGAAAAAACGUACUUCCAUGAGGCAGACAGAGUCUGAUCCAGAUGUUGAUAGAACCACUUUAAAUCAUGCAGAUCAUUCUGCUAAAACAGUCCAGCAUCGAAUGUUAUCCAGACAAGAAGAACUUAAAGAAAGAGCAAGAGUUCUUCUUGAACAAGCAAGAAGAGAUGCAGCUUUAAAGGCAGGGAAUAAGCAGAAUUCCAGCACAGCCACACCACUCUGCAACAGGCAGCUAAAUGAUCAGCAAGAUGAAGAGCGACGUCGGCAGCUGAGAGAGAGAGCUCGUCAGCUAAUAGCAGAAGCUCGAUCUGGAGUGAAGAUGUCAGAACUUCCUAGCUAUGGUGAAAUGGCUGCAGAAAAGUUGAAAGAAAGGUCAAAGGCAUCUGGAGAUGAAAAUGAUAAUAUUGAGAUAGAUACUAACGAGGAGAUUCCUGAAGGCUUUGUUGUAGGAGGUGGAGAUGAACUUACUAACUUAGAAAGUGACCUUGAUUCGCCCGAACAAAAUAGUAAAUUGGUGGACUUGAAGCUGAAGAAGCUCCUAGAAGCUCAACCACAGGUGGCAAAUUCAUUCUCCAAUGCUGCCCAGAAAGCUGGAACUGAGAGCUCAGAACAAGAAAUUAAGAAUGGCACAGAAGAUCUCCGGACUGAGCGAUUACAAAAAGCAACAGAACGUUUUAAAAAUCCUGUUUUGUUCAAUAAGGAUUCUACAGUCAGAAAAACUCAGCUUCAGUCUUUCAGUCAAUAUGUUGAGAAUAGACCAGAGAUGAAAAGGCAGAGAUCAAUACAGGAAGAUACAAAGAAAGGAAAUGAGGAGAAGGCAGCGAUAACUGAAACUCAGAGGAAGCCAUCAGAAGAUGAAGUGCUUAAUAAAGGGUUCAAAGACACCAGUCAGUAUGUUGUAGGAGAAUUGGCAGCACUAGAGAAUGAGCAAAAGCAAAUUGACACCCGUGCCGCGCUGGUGGAGAAGCGCCUUCGCUAUCUCAUGGACACAGCAAAGAACACAGAAGAAGAAGAAGCUAUGAUGCAAGAAUGGUUUAUGUUAGUUAAUAAGAAAAAUGCCUUAAUAAGAAGAAUGAACCAGCUUUCUCUACUGGAAAAAGAACAUGAUUUGGAACGGCGGUAUGAACUGCUGAACCGGGAAUUGCGGGCAAUGCUAGCUAUUGAAGACUGGCAGAAGACCGAGGCCCAGAAGCGACGUGAGCAGCUCCUGUUGGAUGAGCUGGUGGCCCUGGUGAACAAGCGUGACGCGCUUGUCAGGGAUCUGGACGCGCAGGAGAAGCAGGCCGAAGAAGAAGACGAGCAUUUGGAGCGAACUCUGGAGCAAAACAAAGGCAAGAUGGCCAAGAAAGAGGAGAAAUGUGUUCUUCAGUAGCCGUCAGACUAGAAUCUCCCAACAUUUUACUCUUGGGUCCCCAGGCCAGAAACAGUCGAACUCGUUGAUUUAAAACUUUUAACGUUUUGUUUGGCUGAAUUAUACUUCUGUACCACCACCACCACCCAUUUUCCGCCAUCCUAUCCAGAUGAUAUACAGAACUCUAAAACAGCCCUGUUUUAGAGUUUUAGGAUUGUGUGUGUGUGUGUGUGUGUGUGUGUGUGAGUGAGCUAGUCAUGUUUUUGAAAUCAUGUGAAAUAGAUUUGCAGACACCUUGUGAGUGAUUGGUAUUGGAGAUGUUCAAGAAACAGUUCAAAAAAAAGAAAAAUGCUUCCCUCAUUGUUUUCCCUUAUUCUUUUGAUGGGAGAAAAAAUUUGAAACCUUGUUGUUGUUGUUAUUGUUGUUAUUGUUGGUGGUAAUAGCAUAAUGACAGUGGGAGGGGGGUAACUGGGGGAUAAGAAAAAUGUCAUGAAUGAUUUUUUCCAGUCCUACCAUAUGUACCACUUACUCUGUUACCUAAAUUUCAUAGUUAGAUCAUAUUCAAUAUACUUAUAAAACUGUUCUAUUACCAGUGGGAUUUUCUGCAGUUGUUUUGCAUUUCACUGUAAGUAUAAUAGAGUUCUCUGCCUUCCUCGGAGGAUGACCCUCUAUGGGAGCCUGAGACAAGUCCUGUGGUUUGAAGGUGAGCUGUAGGAUGGGACUCAUUGAUAUGCAGCAGUUUACAAAGACAAUUUUAUCUUCUGAGAAUGCGCCACCUUUUUCUCUGGAAAAUUAUUUAUUACAUCUUGCUUGGUUUCUACAUUUAAUUGGGUCCAGACAUUGGGUCAAGAAUGCUGUUAAUAUUUAUUCUGUAUUGAUAAAAGUCUGUCUUGCCAGUACAAGUAAAUCCCCCAUUAAUAUUUUCUUCUCUAGCAUAAUAGUACUGUCAUUUUGUGAAAAUGGUUAUGUUUAUUUAUUACAAUACUGAGUCAUAUAUAAAUUUUCAAUAAAAGCAGAAACUUUCUUACCUUAAA